CCGUUUUCUCUCGAGAGCGUCGGCCCGAGGCCCCAGGAGCCCGGCGCCGCUCUGAGCACCAAAGAAACGCCCUCACCCCGCCCACCGGGGCCAUCGGUCCCCUCCUCGAUCCCUCCCGGCCCUCCAGCUCGGAGGAUGCCCGCCACGCCGCCCGCCAGGCUCGCGCUGCUGCUGCCGCUGCUGCUGGGCGGCUGCUGCCCCCCCUGCGCCCGGGCUGCCAAGCCCGUGGGCCUCGCGAGCGCCCUCGACGAGCGCGCCGGCCGCCCGGGGAGGCGCCCGAGGCUCAUGAGGAACGAGGGCUCGCUCCAGGAGGAGCUCUCCGACGACCUGCCGGACGGUAAACGCGUAGUGAAGAGCGGGGACGUCCAGCACGUGACGAGCGCUGUGCGCCGCGACAAGGACCGCCUGGCCGAUCUCGCGUCGCAGGCGAGCUCAACCUACAACACCGGGUUGGGGCUGGAGGAGGUCCUCGCGCACUACAAGCAGAUGCUCGAGACUGGCGCGGCCGCCAGCGAGCUGGCGUCGGGCCUGAAGGCGAUCCAGGACCACCACAGCGCGUGGAAGGACUCGGUGGUACAGGCCAGGGGCGCCAUCGAGAGCUUCAAGACGGCUAGGGACGGCCUGGAGGACGCGAUCAAGGUCUACGGCGACACGCUCGAGGAGCGGUGA